UUUUUUUUUUUUUUUUUGUUGCCUUUGUCAGCCUUGUAUGAUAUCUCUUGGUCUACAGGGGUAAUCUCUGACAAUCCCCCAGGCUACAGGCUACAGUGGCAUCCACCUUACCAGACUGCGACUAGUUUCUGCGCUAUGAAGCCGCUAGCGUCAUGAAGAUAUACGAGAUGGGGCUAAUAUUAUCAGCACAGACGAUACGAAAGAAAACCGAGGUAGACCGAGUCCGCACAAGCCAUCGUGGUAAAGGACAACGCCGACCUCCUCCACUUCCCCGACCGGAACGUUCCCACAGCUUCCCACAAAACCAUGACAGAUUCAUCCGCUCAACCAGCAACGCCUGCGGUCCACCAUCCCGCACGGGCCGCGGUUGCCUGUACGCAAUGUAGACAAAAACGUCUGAAAUGCAAUUCGGGCUAUCCUCAGUGCUCGCGGUGCUUGUCUGCGGGGUCUAACUGCACGUACAUCCCCUCGCGGCGUGGGCAACGCCCGCCCAAAAACCGACCCGAGCUGGACUCGGUCUCUCAGCAUAUCUCAACCUUCGCCAUCCAGACCCCGCGAUCCUCCUUUCUCCCGGCCACCCCGAAUACGACACUGCCUCUCUCCCUCGCGGACACCCCGGCACCAGGGGAGGUGUCGCAGCCGGUGAACCUCGCUCCUGGUCCGGCCUCGGCGACCUCCCCAAUGACCAGCUUCACCACCACGGCCACCACGUCAUCUCGCCUCCAUUACAAUGAACGCCUAGUCAACUACUACUUCAGCAACUUUCACCCCGCGCAUCCCAUCCUCCUCCCGCACUCCCUGUACGCCACGCAGGGCUACCCGGACUACCUGCAGGCGGUGGUGCAGUUCGUCGGCAGCCACUAUGCAUCGUCCCCGGUCGAUUGGCAGACGCGAGAGGAAACCGUCCAGGCCAUCAUGAGCAGCAAUAGCCCGCAGACGCCGGAGAUGGUCCAGGCCCGGUUGAUCUGCGCCCUGGCGAUCCACGCGCGCUACGAACUCAUGGACUCGUUCACGAUCUUCCAAGCGGCAACCGACCUGGCCAUUCAACUCGGCAUGGACUGCGCGAGCUUCGCCGUGCAGCAUGGGAACCAGAACCACAUGCUCGAGGAGAGCCUGCGACGGACCUGGUGGGAGCUAGUCUUCAGCGAAGGCAUUCUCUCCGGUCUCUACCGCCACCAGCGAUUCACCCGCGCGACAUACUUCUCCGACGUCCUCCUCCCCUGCGAGGAGACCGACUAUGAGAACCUCACCAUCCCCGAUCCCUCUAACCUCGUGUCGCUGACCCAAUUUGACAAGAGGAUCUUCAACCCCAACAGUAUCGAGUUCUCCUCGUACUCCUAUCGCAUCGAGGCCGUUCGCAUCUUCGUGAACGUUCUCACCCUGACCGAGCCGGACUCCAACAUGCGCCCGUCGCAGGUUCACGCCGUGGACCACGCCAUCGCCGGCUGGAUCCACCAUCUCCCAGAUGUGAAGGGAGAUAUCCUGCAACCGGACGGCAAAGGCGACGAGAUGCUCUUCCAAGCGUACAUGAUCGUGCAGUACGCCAGCAUGUUCCUGCAUUUCCCGCGCAGCGAUCUCAUCUCCAUGCUCCCGAAUCCGGACAUCGCGUGUGCGCAGAACGAACCUCAUGUGUCGCCGACGACGUCCCAGCGUCUGCACGGGCUGAAAGCGAUUGUCGCGUCCAAGUGGAUCUUCAACCUGGCAGCCUUGCGGCUCCCGGUGAUCAAGCACACGCCGCUGUUUAUUUGCGCGCUGCUGAGUGCAGCGAUCGUACAGUUGUCUGCAUUAUCCAAGAGGAGUCAAGACGAGAAUAUCGACAUCAUGGAGUGCUAUGACUCGAUGUACUUGGCGAUCGGGGUGUUGAAGUCGUUCAGUAAACAUUGGCCCUUAGGGCAAUCCGCGGUGCAGGAGCUGCAGAAGGUGGCCAGCGAGGUCUUGAAGGUGCAAACGACGACACAGACCUUACCGGAAGAAGAUGGCUGGACGUGUAAUAUCGACUUUGAAGGGGUUCAAGGGUUUUUACAUGGGAAUCGCGAUAUGGCGGGUUGACGCAAGAGUGCUAGAGAGACUUUAGCGCCAGUGGGGAUGUCUUCGUUAGCGUGCUGGAGAACUAUGCAGAUUAGGUAAGAAAAAUAGACGUAAGAAAUUCGAAUUCAAAUGCAAUCCGAUCGAGCGAUCCCAGAACGAAUCAACGCAAUCUUCAGCCCUCAGAAAAUCACUCGGAUCGUGCUAUACUGUGCCCGUACUUUUGUUGAUGACCGAUGUCGGGGAUGUUACCCGUUGAAGCGAUCAACACGGCGUCG